GAGAGCCAGAGCGGGCACAGCACGGCAGGGCACGGCAAAGGGCAGCCUGCAGCCCCUCGGCAUGGCCUCCUGCCCCGUGGGGAACGGGUGCUCCCCGGGGGGGCCCCACUCGUGAGAGCUGCCCAGGUCACAGAUCUGGCUCGGAGAACAUGGCCACUUCAGGGAGGACAUUCCCAGUUGCCCUGUGGACAUCGACACCGACUCCCUGGCCAGGAGGGAACACCACUGAGGAGGCCGAGGCCACAUGUGUCUUCGACGAGGAGUUCAAGUUCAUCCUGCUGCCCAUCUCCUACAGUAUCGUCUUCGUGGUGGGGCUGCCCCUCAACUCCUGGGCCCUGUGGAUGUUCAUCUCCAGGAUGAGGCCCUGGAAUGCCACCACCACCUACAUGGUGAACCUAGCUGUGUCUGACAUGCUCUACGUCCUCUCCCUCCCCACCCUGGUCUAUUAUUAUGCCGACCGAAACAACUGGCCCUUCGGGAAAUGGCUCUGCAAGAUCGUGCGGUUCCUGUUCUACGCCAACCUCUACAGCACCAUCCUCUUCCUUACCUGCAUCAGUGUCCACCGCUACAUGGGCAUCUGCCACCCCAUCCGCUCCCUCAAGUGGGUGAAGACCAAGCAGGCCCGCAUCAUCUGCGUGGGUGCCUGGCUCGUCGUCACCAUCUGCCUCAUCCCCAACCUCAUCUUUGUCACCACCAGCUCCAAGGGCAACACCACCUUGUGCCACGACACCACCAAGCCCGAGGAGUUCGACCAUUACGUGCACUACAGCUCCUCUGUCAUGGCCCUGCUCUUCGGGCUCCCCUUCCUGGUCAUUGUCCUGUGCUACUGCCUCAUGGCCAAGCAGCUCGGCAAGUCCAGCCUCUCCAGCCCCAGCCCGCAGAUGCCAUCCUACAAGAAACGCUCCAUCAAGAUGAUCAUCAUCGUGCUCACCGUCUUUGCCAUCUGCUUCGUGCCCUUCCACAUCACCCGCACCCUCUACUACACCUCCCGCUACUUCCAAGCCGACUGCCGGACCCUCAACAUCAUCAACUUCACCUACAAGAUCACACGGCCCCUGGCCAGCAUCAACAGCUGCCUCGACCCCAUCCUGUACUUCCUGGCUGGGGAUAAGUACCGGGGGCUGCGCCGGGGGGCCGCCCACCGGCUCCGGCCCGUGCCCACCUGCAACCUGGCCCUGGUGUCGCCCUACACGGACACCCUCACGGACAGCGGCCACGUGGCCAGUGUCACCCGAGGGACAGGGACAGCACGGAGCGGGGGCGGGUGCUGAGGGGCCCGAGGGGGUUCCAUGACCUCAUCCCUGGUCUCCAGGAGCUGCAGCCCCUCCAGGUUUCAUGUGGGCACCCCCAGGUCCCCAGACCUACCCUGCCCCUGCCCAGCCCCUGCAGGGGCAGAGGCCACAGGGCUGAGGGCUGGAGGCCACAGGGCCAGUCCCAGCCCUGCCCUGGGAGGAGGGUGCUGCUGCUCACCGGGGCAGGAGAGCACGCGUGGGAAUGGGAAGGACACUGAGGAGGCUGUUUGGGAGAAGCAGGCUGGUGUCCCAUCCCAGGGCACUCCUGGGGACACAAGGGGGGUGAUAGGUCACUAAAGAGAAGGGACACUGGUCCCUCCCUGGGCAGGCACAGCCCUUCCAGACGGCUCUGUGGUGAUGUGUGGGCAACAGACUGAACGAGGGGACAGAGCCCACACUGGGGUCCCCCCUGCCCGGUUGUCAGAGAUGUCUCUGUCACACCACUGGCCUUGGCAGAGGAGGAGAGAUGUGACAUGGGGUACUUGCAGCACUUGCUGCCCGUCACCCCCCAGUAAAGCCCCUUCCCCUUU